CGCAGUUCGUCCUCAAACAAACAUCGAAUUUUCUUGUUUUGUUUUUUGGCUAAUAUUAUCCAUAGUUGUUGCUGCACGCGUUGCGAAAAGCAUUGUGAUGUUUGUCGUGUUUGUACAAAUGUUGUUGAUAGUGUGAGCACAGUAGGCGUGGAGGAACGAACGAAGACCAGGGAAAGUCGCGAUUUGUUGCCAGUUCUUAAAGCGAUAGCGAGUUCUUGUUAGAGUUAUUAUAUAUUAUAUACAUACAACAGUAUACACCAUAUAUAUAACAUAUAUAUAUACACACACAAACACACACCAAACACGCACUAGGAUAUGCACGCACCAGUGUCCUGCUCCCGCUAGUUUUCCCCACCCCGGAAGAAAGUGCACGCGAGUGUUUUCAGUGACUGGAAAUAGUAGCCCCCCACGAGAAAGCAACAAACAAGCAACAACUACACUUUUGUUUGUUGCAAAUCCAACGAACGAACGAACGAAUCAACAAACAAAUCCACCAAGAUGGGCGAAAUGGAUAGGAAUAACAAGAAAAUUUUACAAAACAUCAAAAUGCCCGAGCAAAGCAAUGACUACCGAGUGGUGGUGUUCGGUGCCGGAGGUGUUGGCAAAAGCUCGCUGGUAUUGCGAUUCAUCAAGGGAACAUUCCGUGAAAGCUACAUCCCCACCAUCGAGGACACGUAUCGGCAGGUGAUAAGCUGCAAUAAAAACAUAUGCACACUGCAAAUCACCGACACGACCGGUUCGCAUCAGUUUCCGGCAAUGCAGCGGCUGUCCAUCACGAAGGGUCACGCAUUCAUACUGGUGUACUCCGUCUGUUCGAAGCAGAGCCUUGAGGAGCUCCGACCAAUUUGGAGCUUAAUCCGGGAGCUGAAGGGUGAAGAAAUAUCCCAGAUACCUGUAAUGCUGGUCGGCAACAAAUGUGAUGAAAGUGAAGACUUACGGGAGGUGACCAACAUCGAAGGUCAAACGGAAGCCGCUACCUGGGGUGUAUCGUUCAUGGAAACGUCUGCCAAAGAAAACCACAAUGUUACCGAACUGUUCCAGGAACUACUCAACAUGGAAAAGAACCGAAACGUAUCGCUGCAGCUCGACGGGAAGAACAAGAAGAAGAACAAAAAGAAAAUGAUGAAGGAGCAGGCGAAGGAGGAAAAGCUGCUGAAGGAGAAGAAGGAAAAGCAAAUGCAACGGGAAAAGGAAAAGGGCAAAGAGAAGGACAAAGACAAAGAAAAGCAAACGAAGGAAAAGGACAAAGGGAAGGAGGGGAAGGAGCAGGCACCGGCCGGCGAAGGUAGCGGCACGCUGAAGGAAAAGUGUAAAGUGAUGUGAAAAGCCGGUGCAAAUACCGGGCACUAGAGCGCGACUAGACGACCAUUGCGAUUAUUAUGACGGCACGCUUAACUCAAGAAAUGAUUCUGGGCGGACGCGUCCGAGCGUUUCGAAAUUCGUUAUAUUAUUGAUAUUAUAUGAAGAGGGCAGCAAUUUAUGGACGGACAUGAAUCGAGAAACUGCACAGCCAAAACAAAACAGCAACACGUAACACACAGCUAUACAACAACAAAAAAGGAUGAGAAUAAUACUGUACAUACAGC